AUGCGGCGCGGUAUUUCGUACGGACCCGAGGUCGGUCCCUACGAGAAGAAGAACUCGAAGACUAUAUUGGACCGCGGCCUUAUAUUCACUUGCUACCAGUCCAGUCUUUCUAACGGAUUCCAAUUUAUCAAACACCGCUGGAUCAACCCUGACACGUUUCCGGCUGACAAGACUGAUUUCACCGGCGGUAUGAAUCCGGGACAGGAUGCCAUUGUUGGCCAGUCGGUCAAGGGUGCCUUUGAAGAAGAUGACAAGAUACUGUACACGAGCAUCUACGAUGGUAAUAAACAGCACAAUAAGGUCACCUUUGAGCCUUUCGUUCGGGCCAAUGGCGGUGAUUACUUGAUCACUCCAUCUCUCAAGCUUUUUGGUGACUUUUCCGUGGCUCCAGCUGUUUAG